AAGCACCAUCUCUAUCUGCAUGUUUCUAUGUGAAUGGACCGAGGCUAGCUGGCUUGUUUGCAGGUUGGUUGUAAUCUUAGAGCACAACGAGUAUGGCAACUUAAAGAAACACAUUUGUAGAAUUUGUACCGCCAACUGUGCAUUGUUUUUGUCUGGUUUGUGUAUUUUAGCGCUGCACUGCAGUUCCAAGAGUCGUUGCCAUCUCAACAGUUUAGUUUUGAUUGUGCACGGUUCUUUCUAAGCAAACUAGAAGCUAAUGCGAUCCUUGAUAUAAUCGUCCAUACGUGAUCAAUUAAAACUCUUACAAGAGCACACACCAGCUGUAGUAUCUUGGUAAGCGAACGGAGACAGGUUGGACUUUUUUUGUUUGAGAGGAAACAUGUCGGGAGCUAACAGAGGACAGGGAAGCGCGGCUAGUGAGUUUCACAACCAAGAAAAUAUGCAGUCAAGACUGAGGGGCUCGCUUAAACCCCGAGCUGCUAUUUCAAAUGAGAACCAAGAAAACCUUCCACCGAAACAAGCAACCGGCAGAACCGUCCUGGGAGCCCUGCAGAACUACCAGCGAAGCAAAACCCUGAACCAGCGCGGCACGAAACAGGAGUCAUCACAGCCCUCUUGCUGUAAAAAUGAAGAUUUGGGCAAAAGCUGCAAUGAGAAGCCCAUUGCCAAGCCGCCCGCUUUCCAGAUCCACGUGGAUGAGCCUGAUGGAGCCUGCACCAAGAAGCCACAGCAGGUGGUCGAAGCUGUCAAAGCCAAAUCCAUCCCAGAAGUGGAGGAGUCUCUACUCACAAUCAAUACUGUGGCACGGCUCCGACAGCCCCUGGCCACCAUUGAAAUGCCAUCGGCAAUGGAUGUCAGCUUUGACUCUCCAAUGGACAUGUCUGUGGUUGAGGGGGAGGAGAAACAAGUCGAUGUAAAUGAGGUCCCAGAGUAUGCUGCUGAAAUCCACACGUACCUGAGGGAGAUGGAGGUAAAAACCAGGCCUAAAGCAGGCUACAUGAAGAAGCAGCCUGACAUCACCAACAGCAUGAGGGCCAUCCUGGUGGACUGGCUGGUUGAGGUUGGAGAAGAAUACAAACUCCAGAAUGAAACACUUUAUCUGGCUGUAAACUACAUCGACCGCUUCCUUUCCUCCAUGUCUGUCCUGAGGGGGAAGCUUCAGCUGGUUGGAACCGCUGCCAUGCUGUUGGCUUCGAAAUUUGAAGAGAUCUACCCCCCAGAGGUGGCAGAAUUUGUUUACAUCACAGACGACACCUAUACCAAGAAGCAAGUGUUAAGAAUGGAGCACAUGGUGCUUAAAGUGCUCUCCUUUGAUCUGGCAGCACCAACUAUCAUCCAGUUUCUCACCCAGUACUUCCUCCAUCAGUCUGUUAGCAAACCAGUGGAGAGCCUGGCAAUGUACCUUGGGGAGCUCAGUCUCAUUGAUUCAGAUCCCUUCUUAAAGUACCUCCCGUCACAUACGGCUGCUGCAGCUUAUGCCCUGGCAAACUACACAGUGACGGGUGGCUCAUGGCCCAAGUCCUUGAUGGAGAUGUCGGGCUACUCCCUGGAAGAUCUGAUGCCAUGUGUUAAAGAUCUGCACCAAACAUGCCUCAAUGCUCCUCAGCAUGCCCAGCAGUCUGUUCGGGAAAAGUACAAGGGCUCCAAGUACCAUGAGGUUUCCCUCAUCGACACUCCAACUGAAUUGCUGCUGAGCUAACUUCCUCCUCUUGUCCAUGUAGAGUUUUGUACUGUCGGUCUUAAAUUUUUUUUUUUAAUGAUGUGUCACAAUUUCAAAUGACAUGGCCUGCUCUUGGAGUAGCGCUAGAUGUUUUAGAGUUUUUUUAAGGUAUUUUAUAUACUCGACAUUCAUACCAGACGCUACAGUUGUUGGUUAAUCAAGCAGUUUUAAUGUUGACUUAAUUGCAGACAAAAUGUAGGUCUUAUCUACACUGCGACAUUCUGCUUUGAUGUGUCAAACUCCUGUGAAUGUACUUUUUUUUUAUUAAAGGUUGAGUUGAUGGCAGUUAUUGUUGCUGGUUCACCUGAGAGGUGUGACCUUAAUUUAACCUCAUGGGAUGCACAUUAAAGCAUGUUUUGUCUGUAAUGAAGUCAGCUGUCUCAUUACAUCUUGAAAGUUGACAGCUUUUUCAAGGCACCAUCUGCACUGUAAAAUAUGGCUCUUGUAAAUAAAGUUCAUUUUAACAU